GCCUUCCAGUUGAGAGAGAAAGAUGGUUGCGACCUGCUUGCACCUGACUGGAUUUGUGGCGAGUUUCGUGGGCUGGAUUGGCUUGAUCGUGGCCACCUCCACCAACGACUGGGUCGUGACGUGUGGCUACACCAUCACCACCUGCAGGAAGAUGGACGAGCUGGGAUCCAAGGGGCUGUGGGCAGACUGCGUCAUGGCUACGGGGCUCUAUCAUUGCAAGCCACUGGUGGACAUCCUCAUAUUACCAGGGUAUGUCCAGGCCUGUCGAGCACUGAUGAUUGCAGCCACCGUUUUGGGACUCCCUGCUGUGUUUCUGCUGGUUACUGUCCUGCCUUGUAUCCGGAUGGGCAAUGAACCCGGAGUGGCCAAAUAUCGACGAUCCCAGCUGGGCGGAAUCCUGCUGAUCCUCUUGGCACUGUGUGGUAUCGUGGCUACGAUUUGGUUCCCCGUGAGUGCUCACCGUGAAACGAUGAUUAUGAGCUUCGGAUACUCCCUCUACACGGGCUGGAUCGGUUCUGCUCUUUGCCUCUUUGGUGGGUGCAUCAUUGUCUGCUGCUCGGGUGACGCUCAGUCGUUUGGCGAAAACCGUUUCUACUAUGCCUCAGGAUCCAGCUCUCCCACCCAUGCUAAAAGUGCCCAUGUAUAAAACGCUCUGGAGACUUUGUACCUUCAUCGAAUGCUUUAAAACGGGUCGAUGGGUCUU